GGUUCAGAUUCCAGUUCCUCCUCCUUCUCCGUGUGUGUGUGUGUGGGGGGGGCAGCAGAGCGAGGACUGUCAGCUGCUGGGAGAACUGGAAGUUUUAGUCAAACACUACGAGAGGAAACCAGAGAAAACUGCAGCUACCACAGUAUUGUUCUCUUCUUCAGUCUCGGUGUGGCGAUAAAUUAAAUCAUGGGGACCAACGACCUGAACAUGACCUCUGACCCCGCGAGGCCUCCCGCCCGGCGCUGGAGUCCCUUCAACAGCAUCAAGUUCUUUGUGUUUUGCCACAGUUUGCUGCAGCUGGCGCAGCUGUUGGUGUCGGGCUACAUGAAGAGCUCCAUCUCCACCAUCGAGAGACGCUACGGCCUCUCCAGCCAGAAGUCUGGGCUCCUGGCUUCUUUCAACGAGGUGGGGAACACGGUCCUUAUUGUGUUCGUGAGUUUCUUGGGGAGUCGAGUCCACCGGCCGCGGUUCAUCGGCGGCGGCGCUCUGCUGGCCUGCCUCGCCUCGCUGCUGAUAGCGCUGCCGCACUUCCUGGGCGGACCGUACGACUACACCGACCGCAUCCGCUCCUCCAGGGACAACAGCUCUGGCCUCUGCCAAUCAGAGAGCCCCCUCGGCGCCUCGCCGUCCAAUCAGACCUGCAGCCAGCAGGAGAGCGGCACCCAUCGGGGCGUGUACCCUGUGCUGCUGCUGGGGCAGCUGCUGCUGGGCAUCGGAGCCGUCCCCAUCCAGCCAUUCGGCAUCUCCUACAUCGACGACUACGCCUCCAAGAAGAACUCGCCGCUCUACCUCGGGAUCCUCCUCGCUGUGACCACCAUCGGCCCGGCCUUCGGCUUCAUCAGCGGCUCCCUCAUGCUGCGCAUUUACGUCGACUUUGACAAGUUAUCCAAAGAGCAGAUGGAGUUGGAGCAUUCGGACCUGCGUUGGGUUGGAGCGUGGUGGCUCGGCUUCCUGCUGGCUGCCUGCCUCCUGUUCCUCGCGGCGCUGCCGUACCUCUUCUUCCCCAGAGACAUGCCCAAAGAGGAUGGAGCCCAGGACGAGGAGCUCAGACCAGACAGCAAGCAGCAGCAGCAGCAGCAGCAGCAGGCCAGCCAGCCCCCCGAAACCUCUCUCCUUCACUUCCUCAAAAGUUUCCCCCGUAUCGCCCUGAGGACCCUGCGUAGUCCGGUCUACCUGCUGGUGGUUCUGGCCCAGGUCAACCUGGCGGCGCUGCUCGCCGGCCUCGCCACCUUCAUGGCCAAGUUCAUCGAGAGACAGUUCACCCAGACUGUCUCCUUCUCCACCAUGAUGAUAGGAGGGGUCUGCAUCCCGCUGGCGGUGCUGGGCACCGUUCUGGGGGGGGUCCUGAUGCGGAGGUUGAAUAUUUCGGUCAGCGGGGCCAGUAAGUUGUGCACCGGCGCCAUCCUGCUCUGCUUGUUCUCCUCCACGCCGCUGCUGUUCAUGGGCUGCUCCACCCAGAAUGUCGCCGGGGUCUUUCCUCACAGCAGUAGUGCGUUGGCGUGCAGCGCUGCCUGUGGCUGUCCUCAGGAAGCCUUUAACCCAGUCUGCGGUUCUGACGGCGUUGAGUUCAGGUCUCCGUGCCACGCCGGCUGUAUCGCCAUGGAGACAGAUACCAACAACAAAACAAAAAACUACAUAGGGUGUGCGUGUGUGAGCGGCCUGGACUCUGCCUCUCCCGGUACGUGCGGUAGCGGCUGCUCCAACCUGCUCGUCCCGUUCGUGUCUCUGCUCGGCGUCACCAGCUUCAUCGCCUCCUUCUCCCAGACGCCAUCUUACAUCAUGAUCCUCAGGACGGUGUCUGCCGAGGACAAGUCUCUCGCCGUGGGGGUCCAGUACAUGCUGUUCAGAGUGCUCGCGUUCAUGCCCGGCCCGGUGUUGUAUGGCAGCAUCAUCGACACCACCUGCAUCCUGUGGGGCAAGAAGUGCGGCAGGAAUACUUCCUGUCAGUACUACAACCUGGACCACUUCAGACAGAGGUUUCUGGGUCUGCAGGUGGUGUUUGUGUGCGGCGGCCUGCUCUGCUUCCUGCUGACCGUGGUGGUGUUGCGGCGCCGGGCCGGACACCAGGAGCCGCCACCGCCACCGGUGGGGAGUAAAGUUGGCUACGAGCUCGUGGACGCUUCGUCUGAAGAGAAAGAACCGCACGCCAUCAAGAGCUGAGGAGACAACACGCUACACGAGGAGAGGACGCCGAGAGGCUGAACGAGGAGAGAAACGAGAGGAAGGCAUCUCCUCGCUAUCUGCUAGCUGUCUGUCCCCUGAACACACUGUAAAAAACAUCUCCUCACUAUCUGCUAGCUGCCUGUCCCCUGAACACACUGUAAAAAAUAUCUCCUCACUAUCUGC